AUGGCUGUUGGGCGGGAUGUAAUAAUUCAAUCGGAUUCCACGGAUCCAUAUUCGGAUCUCAAAACGAAAGUCAUCGACUGCUGUUCCGAAUCAAAGACGCAGGAAAUUCGACGAUUUUUGGCUGUAGAAAGUUUAGGUGAUCGGAAGCCCAGCGAAUUGCUUCGUAUCAUGAAAAGGCGAGCCGAACGCCAUAACAUCGAUGAUUCCUUGCUGCUUGAACUGUUCAAUCAAGCAAUGCCAGUACCUGUGCAAACUAUUUUGGCUUCCAUUUCACCGAUUUCUUCGGACAAGGCAGCAAAUGUGGCUGAAAGAAUUGAGCGAGGACAGAACCAGGGACCUUGUGAGCAUGAUGAUGGUGGUGAUGAUGAUGACGACGACGACAAUUAUGACGACGAUGCUACUGAUGAUGAUGAUGAUGAUGACGACGACGAUGAGAACGAUGACGGUGAUGAUGAAGUUAAUGAUGAUGAUGAUGAUGAACAUCAGGAAGUGAAUGAAAAUCGAAUUGAAAAUUUCAUUGCUACAGUCAUAACUCAACGAUUGAAUUCUGAUUUACGAGGAAUCUGUUAG